AUGGGUUUUUCAAAGAAGCCACAAGUGGAAGGAGGGCUAGUAGGCCUAGUAAGAGCUUUGAAGCCUAUAAGUACAAAAUCCAGAGGGAAAGAGAGCCCAGAUGUUUUUGUUGAUGAUGAUGAAGGUUCAUGUGCCACAACUCCAACAGCUAAAGCAGCAAGAAUACCAGAGAUAUUGCCUUGCCCACCAGCACCAAGGAAGCGCAGAACUACACCAAGAUGUCAUUUUAAUGAUGUGAGGGUGUUCUUUACUCCUCCUGAUUUGGACACAGUUUUCAGAAGCCAUGUUGAGAAAGCUAAUUGA